GGAGUCGCGGUCGCCUCCGCCUCCGCCACCUCCUCCUCCCGUUGGAGGGGCCGAGGGAGGAGACUGUUGCCGAUCUCUGGAUGUUCUGGGUAGUGUGAGCAGAGUAUGAGGCGAGCUCUGGCCCGGGUGCGGCCGGGCUUCGGGGGCGAAGGCGUCGCCGCCGUCUGAGUCGCCGCGCCCGCCCGCGAGGCCCGGCGCGCGGAUGGUGCCGGUGCGGCUCGGGGGCUGAUCGCGCGUCCCCUCCCCUGCCCCCUCCCCCACGCGGUGGGCUGCCCUCCCACCCGGCCCGGUGGAGCCAUGUCUCGGGGUGGCUCCUGGCCACACCUGUUGUGGGACGUGAGGAAAAGGUCCCUCGGGCUGGAGGACCCGUCCCGGCUGCGGAGCCGCUACCUGGGAAGAAGAGAAUUUAUCCAAAGGUUAAAACUUGAAGCAACCCUGAAUGUGCACGAUGGCUGUGUUAAUACAAUCUGUUGGAAUGAAACUGGAGAAUAUAUUUUAUCUGGCUCAGAUGACACCAAGUUAGUAAUUAGUAAUCCUUACAGCAGAAAGGUUUUGACGACAAUUCGCUCGGGGCACCGAGCCAACAUCUUCAGCGCGAAGUUCUUGCCGUGCACGAACGACAAGCAGAUCGUGUCCUGCUCUGGGGACGGCGUCAUCUUCUACACCAACGUCGAGCAGGACGCGGAGACCAACAGACAGUGCCAAUUCACGUGCCAUUACGGGACUACCUACGAGAUCAUGACCGUGCCCAACGACCCGCACACCUUCCUCUCCUGUGGCGAGGACGGGACCGUCAGGUGGUUCGACACGCGCAUCAAAACCAGCUGCUCGAAAGAAGACUGCAAAGACGAUAUUUUAAUUAACUGCCGGCGGGCCGCCACUUCCGUAGCCAUCUGCCCGCCGGUGCCGUACCACCUGGCCGUGGGCUGUUCGGACAGCUCGGUGCGGAUAUACGAUCGGAGGAUGCUGGGCACGCGGGCCACAGGGAACUACGCGGGCCGGGGCACGGCCGGGAUGGUGGCCCGCUUCCUCCCCCCGCACCUCAGCAACAAGUCCUGCAGGGUGACGUCCCUGUGCUACAGCGAGGACGGCCAGGAGGUGCUGGUGAGCUACUCCUCGGACUACAUCUAUCUGUUCGACCCCAGGGACGACACGGCGCGGGAGCUGCGGACACCCUCGGCGGACGAGAGGAGGGAGGAGCUGCGGCAGCCUCCGGUGAAGCGUCUGAGACUCCGCGGCGACUGGUCGGACACUGGACCCCGAGCGAGGCCGGAGAGUGAGCGUGAGCGAGACGGAGAGCAAAGUCCCAACGUGUCGCUGAUGCAGAGAAUGUCCGACAUGUUGUCGAGGUGGUUCGAAGAAGCAAGCGAGGUGGCACAGAGCAGUCGAGGCCGAGGACGGGCUCAGUCCGCAGGUGGAGCAAGUCCGUUGGAGGUGUCGGCUCUUCCCGGGGCCCCGUCAGGCACUGGCGUGGACGUGAGUGACGUGGUGAUGGACAUCGACACUCCGGCCGAGCAGCUUCUGCAGCCUUCCGCGUCCUGCCCCGCGCCUGCGACUGAGAGCCCCCCGCCGCCGCCCCCGCCUCUGCAGCCCUCCCCAGACCGGGAGCUCAGGCCGGCCGCCGCAGCGUCUGGACAGCACGCACAGCGUCAGUCUGAAUUUUUAAGGGGGCCUGAGAUAGCUUUGCUCCGUAAGCGGCUGCAGCAACUGAGGCUUAAGAAGGCCGAGCAGCAGAGGCAGCAGGAGCUGGCCGCGCAGGCGUGCCCGCAGCCCGCCCCCCAGGACCCGCGAGCCGCAGAUAACAGUAAUGAAAAGCUGAGCCCCAAACCAGGGACAGGUGAACCCGUUUUAAGUUUGCACUACAGCACAGAGGGGACAACCGCCAGCACAAUAAAACUGGACUUUACGGACGAAUGGAGCAGCACCUCCUCCAGCUCCAGAGGGAGCGGGACCCACGGCAAGCCCGAGGGGCCGGAGGGGGCCCCGGUCCCCCAGAGCUCAGAGCCGCCUGCAGCGGGAGACGGCGAGGCAGGAGCUGCUGAAGAGCCCUCGGAGGACGGGGCAGCGCGGCAGGAAGGUGCGUCUGUGGAAACCGCAGCGCAGAGCCGGGCGGGCAGGGCACCGUCCGACCGGCGCUCACCUGAGCCCGCGGACCCCGGCGCAGGCGAGAGGGGCGAUGUGGACCCCGAGAGUCUGGCUGGGGCUCCGGAAGACGCCGCUUCCGCUUCGUCUGAGACGGGCCAAGGGCCGGCAGCGCCCGACGGAGCCGCUGAGGCCGCCGCCCGGCGCCGCAGCCCCAGCCCCGAGCCUCUGUGCCGGGCGGCGGCCGUGGGGCCCGCACUCCCCGAGGAGGCCUCGGCCGCGGACGCUGCUCUGCAGGACACAGACGACAGUGACGACGACCCGGUCCUGAUCCCAGGGGCCCGGUACCGAGCAGGACCCGGGGAUAGAUUUAAUGUCAGAGGAACCACAGUAGGUGAUAGGAUAAAGAGACGCUCUGCUGUUGCCCGCAUUCAGGAGUUCUUCCGGCGGAGGAAAGAGAGGAAGGAGAUGGAAGAGCUGGACACUCUGAACAUCAGAAGGCCGCUGGUGAAGAUGGUGUAUAAGGGCCACCGCAACUCCAGGACAAUGAUAAAAGAAGCCAAUUUCUGGGGCUCGAACUUCGUGAUGAGCGGGUCCGACUGCGGCCACAUCUUCAUCUGGGACCGGCACACCGCCGAGCACCUGAUGCUGCUGGAGGCCGACAACCACGUGGUGAACUGCCUGCAGCCGCACCCGUUCGACCCGAUUCUGGCCUCGUCUGGCAUCGACUACGACAUAAAGAUCUGGUCCCCGCUGGAGGAGUCGAGGAUUUUCAACCGCAAACUCGCUGACGAGGUCAUCACCCGCAACGAGCUGAUGCUGGAGGAGACCCGGAACACCAUCACAGUGCCCGCCUCCUUCAUGCUGAGGAUGCUGGCCUCACUGAACCACAUCCGUGCUGACCGGCUGGAGGGCGACCGGUCGGAGGGCUCCGGCCAGGAGAACGACAACGAGGACGAGGGGUGAGCGCCCGGAGCGGCCGGCGCCGCGUCAGCGUGCUGGCGUUUGUACAAGACAUUAUUAUAUUUUUCCUCUUCAGAGCUUCAGUGCAAUUUUAAGGUUAUGGUUUUUGGAGUCUUCCCUUUUGGGGACAGCUGGCGUUGGUGUGGAAUGACUGUGUGCAUGAACUUGGGCGAGUGUGUCAGACAAACCCAGCAGGCGUCUUCAGCCCUGGUUGCCCUGUGUGAGCCGUGCUAGCCUCGAAGUGCAAUACCCCUCACCUCCAGGCGGGGGAGCCGGAUCGACAUUGGAGAGCAAUGCUCGUGUAGCGACAAUGUUGGUUCCAAUAAAUUUCUACACUUGCCAUUUGCAUGUUUGUUGCUUUCUGAUUAAAGAAGCUGGUGGUUUUAAGAUCUCC